UCAGCAGUCAUGGCCGGGAGUCUGACCCACCACGGCUCCCCGAAGCCCGGCUACAGCUCCGCCAACGCUGUCCCUGUGCCGGUCAUCACACAGACGGACUCCAGGGACAAAUGGAGCAAAAAGAUGGAUUUUCUAUUGUCUGUCAUUGGCUUUGCUGUGGACCUGGGAAACGUUUGGAGAUUUCCGUACAUAUGUUAUCAAAACGGUGGAGGUGCGUUCCUUAUUCCCUACAUUUUGAUGGCCAUCUUCGGUGGUGUGCCGCUCUUUUACAUGGAGCUGGCACUGGGACAGUUCCACAGAACAGGAGCCAUAUCCAUAUGGAAACACAUCUGUCCCAUUUUCAAAGGUAUAGGAUAUGCCAUUUGUAUCAUCGCCUUGUAUGUGUCCUUCUACUACAACACCAUCAUUGCUUGGGCCCUCUUCUACUUCUACUCCUCUUUCUCCAGCAUCUUGCCUUGGACAAACUGUGACAAUGUGUGGAAUACCCCCGACUGCACCAACUAUUUUGGCAUGGACAACGUCACCUGGACGAAUUCCUCCAGGUCUCCAGCAGAGGAAUUUUACACGAGGAAUGUUCUGGAGAUCCACAAGUCAUCAGGGCUGAGAAACGUUGGGGGUGUUCGCUGGCAGUUGAUGCUCUGCCUUUUUCUGAUUUUCACUAUAGUGUACUUUAGCCUCUGGAAGGGCGUGAAGACUUCAGGAAAGGUAGUGUGGGUGACUGCCACCUUGCCCUACAUUGUGCUUUUCAUCCUACUGAUUCGAGGUGCCACGCUACCAGGAGCCUGGAGAGGUGUCGUGUUUUACCUGAAACCCCAGUGGGAGAAGCUGCUGGAGACCAGUGUGUGGGUGGAUGCUGCUGCUCAGAUAUUCUUCUCCCUGGGGCCGGGGUUUGGGGUCCUCCUGGCUCUCUCCAGCUACAACCCUUUCACAAAUAACUGCUAUCGUGACGCCAUUGUCACGAGUUUGGUGAACUGCCUGACCAGCUUUGUGUCAGGGUUUGUAAUCUUCACAGUGCUGGGCUACAUGGCAGAGAUGAGGAAGGUGGAGGUGGAGGAUGUAGCCAGGGAUAAAGGACCAAGUUUACUUUUCAUCACCUACCCAGAAGCCAUUGCAAAUAUGAUGGGCUCAACCUUUUUUGCAAUCAUCUUUUUUGUAAUGAUGAUAACGCUGGGACUGGACAGCACGUUUGGCGGGCUGGAGGCGAUCAUCACUGCUGUGUUGGAUGAAUACCCAGAUCAUUUAUCUCACAGGCGUGAACUUUUUGUUCUGUGCUUGGUAGUUGUCUGCUUUUUGGGCUCUCUAAGCACUCUUACAAAUGGUGGUGCCUAUGUGGUGAAGCUGUUGGAGGAAUUUGGGGUUGGAUGCUCCAUUAUUGCUGUGGGUUUCCUUGAGGCCAUUGCAGUUUCCUGGUUCUAUGGCAUCAAAAGAUUUAGCAAUGAUGUUCAGGCCAUGCUGGGCAAAGCUCCAGGAUUUUUCUGGAAGUUGUGCUGGGUCGCCAUCAGUCCAGCAUUUCUGGCAUAUAUCAUAGUGAGCUCCCUGCUGAAAGCGCCGCUUCUCACGCUGUUUGAUUAUAAGUACCCAGACUGGAGCAUCACAGUGGGAUACAUUAUUGGCCUCUCUUCCUUCAUCUGGAUCCCCAUCUACAUGGUUUACAAGCUGGUGUGGACCCCUGGAUCACUCAAACAGAGGCUGGCGGUGUGUCUGAGACCAGAGAGGAUCAUACCAGAGAUUCACGCUGACAGCCUCAACAUGGCCACUGUGCCAUAGAAAGAAAAACUCUGUAACAUGAAAAACAAAUGUAGAGUCCCAUUUCAAUAGUUUUAAGUUAUUUAUGACCAAACCUGAAUAUAAUCUAAGACCAUGACUUGUUUAUGUGGUCAGACAAUUUUCAUUACACAUGUACACUGAGAUAGCAAUAGUCACAUCUUAGCUGAUCUGUGUGAUUCAGAUCUGCCCUCAUCACCAGGAGAGUUUAUAUUUCACAUGUGGCCAUUCUCAUGUGAUGCAUUCUUUUGGUUGUAGGCGUCAGUAGUAAACUCAGUUCUUUGUCUUCCUUUAAACAGCUGUAUUUAUCUCACAAAAACACAAUGCCAUGGAAAAUAAAAACGUAUUUCUAUAUGAAACAUUCAGCACAUCAUUUCUAUGGCACGGAGGUGUUUUCUCUUAAGCUUUGUAUUUUCUGAAAGAUUGUUGAAAUGAGCCCUGCAUGCUCGGCCACAGCAACAGUGGAAGCACCAGUGUUGCGUUGGCAGCAACAGUGAGAUUAACAG